GAGAAUAAUGAUGGAUGUUUUCUUGAAUUAAUAUUUACAUCCUGUUCCAUUCAUAAUAUUGUGUAAGGUUUGUUCAUUCUAUUACUUUCUCUAGAGCUGAAUUUCUGCUACUGCAUGCCCCUGUGUCAUUGGAAAUUUAUAAAACGCCAAUCAUUCAUCAUGCGUUUACUGGUCCUCUCGUGUGCAUUCCCGCAUUAGCAGGUUCGGGGAAGGUUGCAUCCUGAAGGUGUUAUUUGUUCUUUGUCAACUGUAAAAAAUGGCAGAUGUUGAUGACAUUCAACCUCUCGUUUGUGACAAUGGAACCGGCAUGGUCAAGGCUGGUUUUGCUGGAGAUGAUGCCCCAAGGGCCGUUUUUCCUAGCAUUGUUGGGCGUCCUCGUCACACUGGAGUGAUGGUAGGGAUGGGGCAGAAGGAUGCCUAUGUUGGAGAUGAGGCCCAGUCAAAACGUGGUAUUCUGACAUUGAAGUAUCCUAUCGAACAUGGUAUCGUGAACAACUGGGAUGACAUGGAGAAGAUUUGGCAUCACACCUUCUACAAUGAACUUCGAGUUGCUCCAGAAGAGCAUCCGGUUCUGCUCACUGAAGCACCUCUUAAUCCAAAGGCCAAUCGUGAAAAAAUGACUCAAAUAAUGUUCGAAACCUUCAAUUGUCCUGCAAUGUAUGUUGCAAUUCAAGCUGUUCUGUCUUUAUAUGCUAGUGGUCGUACGACUGGUAUUGUUUUGGAUUCCGGAGAUGGGGUUAGCCACACAGUUCCUAUCUAUGAAGGUUAUGCACUUCCUCACGCGAUCCUACGUCUUGAUCUUGCUGGCCGUGACCUCACAGAGCAUUUGGCAAAGAUCCUCACGGAGCGUGGAUACUCAUUCACCACCAGUGCUGAGAAGGAAAUUGUGAGGGACAUGAAGGAGAAGCUGGCUUACAUUGCUCUCGACUUUGAGCAGGAAUUGGAUAUGGUCAAGUCAAGUAGCUCUGUCGAGAAGAACUUUGAACUUCCUGAUGGUCAAGUAAUUACUAUUGGAGCAGAGCGUUUCCGAUGCCCAGAAGUGCUAUUUCAGCCUUCCACAAUUGGAAUGGAAGCUGCUGGUAUCCAUGAGACGACAUACAACUCUAUAAUGAAGUGUGAUGUUGAUAUCAGGAAGGAUCUCUACGGGAACAUUGUACUUAGUGGUGGAUCCACUAUGUUUCCUGGCAUUGCUGACAGAAUGAGCAAGGAGAUCACUGCAUUAGCGCCUAGCAGCAUGAAGAUUAAGGUUGUUGCUCCCCCUGAAAGGAAGUAUAGUGUGUGGAUAGGAGGUUCCAUCUUGGCAUCCCUCAGUACCUUCCAGCAGAUGUGGAUUGCAAAGGCAGAGUUCGAUGAGUCUGGCCCCUCAAUUGUGCAUAGGAAGUGCUUCUGAUCGCAAAGACAAUCUGUCUCUCUGAUAGCGCGUUAUGCCUGAGUUCAUACUCAGCAAAGAUAAUCUUUCCCUCUGAUAGCGCGCUAUGCCUAUGUUCAUUUUUUUUUGUUUCUUGAUAGCAGCUUUUGGAUACUUAUUGCCUGUUGAACUAUUUUCAGGUUUCUAGUUUCAUUUGAUAAUGUUGUCAAAUUUCUCUGUCCUCAAUUCAUUUUUCUCUUUGUAUUUUUUAGUCCAGUAACAUUUAAAGAGGACAAAUGUAAUAAGUCGUUGAACUCACUUGAAGUGUUCUUUUCAUUAUGCAUUGCUCAAGAAAGUUUUGUUGUAUUUCACGGUUUUUAGUCUUUGCUUGGAAGAAUCAAUAUUACAUCUUAAUUUGUUCU